CUGGCUCAGUUGCGAAUUCAGUUUCGGAGCGUUCGGUGGUGGAGAGCAGCUGCUUUUGUGCAUUUCGCAUCGAACAUUCAUCGUGAUCCCAAGCGCACGAAGUUGUUGUUUUGUUUUGGUUUUUGUCGCCAAAUUUCGCGCGAUUUUUUCGUGAGCGUGUGUGUGUGCGCGUGCAUUUAUUUCGCACACUGGCGACGGGGCAACCCCAGGAUCUGUCGCCUGUCUUCGCCUCAGACUUCUCCUCCGGAUCCUGCGGAGCGGAGCGUACGUAUUUGCGGCUUCAACUCCGUGUGUCGUGUGUGCCUGUGUAUGCCUCUGUGUGUCUGUGUGUGUGGCAUACCGGCAUACCGUCUUUGUUGUUGGCCACCAUUGUAAUUGCAGUCAGUGUGGCACUGGCAACGCGGCGUAUACUUGACAUCUUCGCCGCCAAAUUGUGCGAUUUCUUCGGCUCCUUGGAUGCGGCUCCUUGUGUCAUUGGCGUGAAGACGUGAAGAGCCCUCAAAAUCCGCUAUUCCACUGUGUUCGCAAUCCAUUUGCCUGCUGCCCUGGACGGGCAAACAAAUUUUUGCAAUUCAAUUUCUAUUGUGCAUUGCCGAUGCGAAAUGUGCGCAUCGUUUGCUGUCAAUGCCAAGUAUUCCGCAUAAAAAUUGAAAAUUGCAUGCAAAUUAAAUAAAUAGAGUUCCGGUGAGGAGCUGAGCUGCGCUGCGAGUACCAGCUGAGAUAGACACUCGAGGAGCCAUCCCAUCCUACAUGCCCAUCGCACAUACAUAUACGAGUAUCCUUGCGAAAAUGACAGUUGUGAGUUGUGGCUCAGAUUUGGAUUCGCAUGCGGGGCGCAAUCAAAGCAAACGUCAUUAGCACUCGCGACAUCGCCUUCGAUUGACAGCGGGAGUUGGAGCAGCGGCAGGAGCAGAAGGAGGUGCAGAUCCUGCGGCAGGAUUCAGACGCCAGGAGCAGGCACGAACAACUUUACAUUUGCAUAACUUCGGUGCAGCUCCAGCGUUCAGAUUCCGAUUCACAGGUCAAACAGAAGUAAAACCCUCAGAGAUUUGGAAUUUUCGUUUAAUCCGGACGACAAACCAAGGCCAUUUGCCUCCAGUGAAAAAGGCCACUGUUCUGACCACAGAUGUCAAUGGGCGUGGCAGUGGGGCGGCGAGUCGAACCAGCUGAAAAUCAAAGCCCAAUUGGCACAAACACGCGGUAAAUAGAAUUCGCAAUCGGAAUCGGAAUUGAAAUAGGAAUUCGCAUUCAAAUUCGAAUGCAAAUAGAAAUAGAAAUUGCCGCGAGACCCCCACAGAAAAAAAGCGCAAAAAAAAACAGCAACUAAAAUACCCAUAAAAUAAUAGGAAAACAAAGAGUGCCAGCGGAGAAGCAGCUGCUGCAGCAAAUAAAAGAACCGCAACAGCAACUGCAACAGCAGCAACAACGGCCAUAACAACUCCACCAACAACGACAUCAACAACAAUAUGGAGAAGCUGCUGCAAUCGACGCUGUUUGUCAUCCUGAUAAUGGCCACAAAAUGCGGCAGUGGCUCGACCCAGAACCAGCAUCACGAGAGCAAUUCCCAGUUGGAUCCCGAUCCGGAGUUCAUAGGGUUCAUCAACAACGUCACAUAUCCGGCAGGACGCGAGGCCAUCCUGGCCUGCUCGGUGCGCAAUCUCGGCAAGAAUAAGGUUGGUUGGCUGAGGGCCUCCGAUCAGACCGUUUUAGCUCUCCAAGGUCGCGUGGUCACCCAUAAUGCGAGAAUCAGCGUCAUGCAUCAGGAUAUGCACACCUGGAAACUAAAAAUCAGCAAACUGCGGGAAAGUGACCGCGGUUGCUAUAUGUGCCAAAUAAACACGAGUCCCAUGAAGAAACAAGUGGGCUGCAUCGAUGUGCAGGUACCACCGGAUAUCAUCAACGAAGAGUCCUCCGCCGAUCUGGCCGUCCAGGAGGGCGAGGAUGCCACGCUCACCUGCAAAGCCACGGGGAAUCCCCAGCCAAGAGUCACUUGGCGCAGGGAGGACGGCGAAAUGAUACUCAUUCGCAAGCCAGGCAGCAGGGAGCUCAUGAAAGUGGAGUCCUAUAAUGGAUCCUCGCUCAGGCUGCUCCGCCUGGAGAGGCGUCAGAUGGGCGCCUACUUGUGCAUAGCAUCCAACGAUGUUCCACCUGCUGUCAGCAAACGAGUCUCGCUGAGUGUGCAAUUUGCUCCCAUGGUGAGGGCCCCCAGCCAGCUCCUGGGCACGCCCUUGGGAUCCGAUGUGCAGCUGGAAUGCCAGGUGGAGGCCUCGCCGUCGCCCGUCUCCUACUGGCUGAAGGGGGCGCGGACGUCCAACGGAUUCGCCAGCGUCUCCACGGCCAGCCUGGAGUCCGGCUCGCCGGGUCCCGAAAUGCUGCUCGACGGGCCCAAGUACGGGAUAACGGAGCGCCGCGAUGGCUAUCGGGGCGUCAUGCUGCUGGUGGUGCGUUCCUUCUCGCCCUCCGAUGUGGGCACCUAUCACUGCGUCAGCACAAACUCGCUGGGCCGUGCCGAGGGCACAUUGCGGUUAUACGAAAUCAAGCUUCAUCCGGGCGCCUCCGCCAGCAACGAUGAUCAUCUGAAUUACAUCGGAGGUCUCGAGGAGGCUGCUCGGAAUGCGGCCAGGAGCACCCGGACGACGUGGCAGCCCCUGCUCGCCAUGCUGAUGCUACUGUGGAUGAGGCUGAAUCUGAGAGCCGGGGGAGCGUGAUAUCAAAACUGAGAGAAGAAGAGCCGGCAAUCAAGUAUUCCUACAGAUUCCCUCGGACACCGACAUCGACAUCUCUUUCUCUCUUGCCUGCGUUCUUGUUGUUCGUUUCCGGUUCCGUGGCCCCAUCUCCAAUGUAUUGGACCCCUGCCGCCCACGCACGCAUACAUAUUGCCGGAGGCGCCUCCCGCUGCCUCAAAUAUCAUUUGCAUACGUAUCAGGAAACGCGUUGUUCCCACCCGCUCGAAACCCUCAAUGCCCUUGCCAAACUCCCACUCCCUGCUCCCUAAUGAAAGUAAGGAGGAUAUCAAAAGUGGACAAUUGGAUGCCAAGCCCUACCAUUUCUCCCAGCCCCAAAUAAUGUUACAUUGCAUAUAAAUUAAAUAUGAAUACUAUAAAAUAGUGCAUAAAAUUUAUUAUCAUAAUAUAAAUAACGACAAAAUUAUUGAAUAAAUUAUCGCAAAAGUGGAUAAAAACCGAA